UUUCUCAUUGAGUUUUUAGUUGGCCAACGAGUAAGACCUGUAAAAAACACAAAAUUACAGUCGGUUAAAUAUAAACCUCUAAAUUUUUGUUUCAUUAAUUCAAAGCAAAAAUGCAGUCCCAAAAGAAAUUGUACAACUACUUGGUUAAUAUGACGCGUUAUGCGCAGCAAGCUGGUUCCUAUAGCACUCGUCCUACUGUGAUGGCCAUGCAGGCACUUCCCAAUCGUCAAGUCCAGGAGCUCAACUUCCCCAAGACUGAGGUCAGUCGAAGUGGACUUAAGGCGGGCGACCGCCUUCCCACCGCCGUUAGUCUGCUCAGCCGAAGUAUUCCGGCGAACCCCAUGAUAUCCGAGGUCAAGACGGCUCACGUUCAGUAUGAAAAGUCUUUGACCGAUUUGGCCAAGAGUGCUCGCAGUUUAUACAAGAAUGCGCGUUUGAGGGACAUAUCCCCUCAAAAGUCCAAAUUCCAAGGAGUUGAUACCCAUGGCUUGGGAACUUCAGGAGCAAGGAAGCCAAGGGUUUGCCACAUAACCGAGCGGCUUACCAAGCUAUUUUUCUAAGAGCCAUGGGAUUUCCCGAAAGAUAAUGGGUCAACAAAGAAGUGAGCUUACGGAAUAUAAAAAAACGUGUAGGUUUAUAGCUUUUGUAAUGUUUUUUUUUUUUAA